AGACGUCAUGUUGAGGAAGUAAUAGUGCUCUCUUCCAGGCGAGAAAGAAAACGCAUUUUGGAACAAAUAGUCUGACAGACAUCAACAACACGGAAUGGCCUCUGCUAACACGUCCUGGUCAGAAGAGAACUUUUCAUGUUCCAUCUGUCUGGAUGUGUUCAACAAUCCAGUCACCACUGCAUGUGGACACAACUUCUGCAGAACCUGUAUUACAAAGUUCUGGGAUGAACAAGUCAAGUACAAAUGUCCUGUAUGCGUGAAGGUUUUCGACACAAAACCUGAUCUACAGGUCAAUCUCCUCUUAUCAGACAUGGCUUCUCAGUUUAGAACGUCCGUACGAGUAAAAGACCAGCCUUGUGGUGAACCAGCUGACGUUCCCUGUGACUUCUGUACUGGGACCCAGCUGAAGGCCGUGAAGUCCUGCCUAGUGUGUCUUAUCUCUUACUGCCAAACCCACCUGGAGCCACAUCAGAGAAUAGCAGGCCUGAAGAAACAUCGGCUGGUCGAGCCUAUGGACCGUCUGGAAGACAGGAUGUGUAAGAUACACAAUCAACUACUGGAGCUCUUCUGCAAGACUGAUCAGGUGUGUGUGUGUCAGUCCUGCACAGAGACAGACCACAAGUCCCAUCCUGUUGUACCUCUAAAGGAGGAAUAUGAAGUGAAGACGGCCCAGCUGGGGAAGAUAGAGGCUGAUGUUCCGCAGAUGAUCCAGGAGAGAAAACUAAGGAUUAAGAAGCUAAAAGACACAGUAGAAAUGAGCAAGAAAGUUGCAGACAGAGAGCUAGCUGAUGGUGUGCAGGUCCACACUGCUCUGAUAGGCUGUGUUGAGAAGUGCCGGGAUGAAUUCAACCAAACGGUUAUAGAGAGACUGAAAUCCACAGUGAAACGAGCUGAAGACCUCAUCAAAGAGCUGGAGCAGGAAAUUGGAGAUCUGACCAAAAUAAGCUCAGAAGUGAUGCCGCUCUCACAGACGACAGACCACCUCUGCUUCCUCCGGGCCUUCAGAUCCCUGAAGGAUCCUCCACCCACCAGGGACUGGACCACGGUGGAGGUCCUUCCUCCGUCAUACGUAGGGACCUUGAGGAGAUCCCUGGAUCAGCUGGAGGAGACACUGAACAUGGAGAUGAAGAAGCUGAGUGAUGCUGAACUGAAGAGGGUCCAGCAGUAUGAAGUAGAUGUGACUCUGGAUCCUGAUACAGCUCAUCCCUGUCUCAUCCUGUCUGAGGAUGGGAAACAAGUACAUGAAGGAGGUGUGAGGAAGGAACUCCCAGACAACCCUAAGAGAUUUACACAGCAUUUAUGUAUCCUCAUGAAGCAGAGCUUCUCCUCAGGGAGAUUUUACUUUGAGGUCCAGGUUAAAGACAAGAAUGCAUGGCGUUUAGGAGUGGCUAGAGAGUCCAGCAACAGAAUAAGGGAGAUCACAUUCAGCCCUAGGACAGGUUACUGGACUCUUAACUUCAACAAGGAUGUGUUGGCAUUUCAGGAUUACCCUGCUGUCCGUCUCCCUCUGAGAGCUGAGCUCCAGAAGGUGGGGGUGUUUGUUGAUUAUGAUGAGGGUCUGGUCUCCUUCUACGAUGUGGAAGCCAGGGUUCAUAUCUACUCUGCUACUGGCUGCACCUUUACUGAGCCUCUCUAUCCAUUCCUCGGUCCAGGUAAAUAUAAUUAUGAAGGUAUCAACUCUGCCCCCCUUAUCAUCUCACCUGUCAAUCAAACAGACUAGGAUUACUUGUUUGCUAAUAAAAUAAUCAAACCACCAAAACAACUAAUGUUGUUUCUUGAAUGAAAGUCUCUACUAUGUGAGAUCUGAGAGAUUUUGCAUUAAUGUCGUUGCUGAAGCCAUUGUGCAAGUUUAUUCGAUAUUUGUUUAUGAUGUUAUGGUUCUUACGUGAUAUUGUUCGUUUUUGUUAAUUGAUGUGACCGUGUGUGGAUGACGUGAUCUAGAGAUGUGGUGAACCCCUUUAAUUAGGCUCAGGUGCAUGAGGGUAGAGUCAGGGCAAACAUUUUUUCAACCGUAUGCACGCACAUACGUAGGCCUACAGCAAUCAUACGAACCCUUUCUUUUGGAUUGAUUUCUUUACUUUUUACGUGAAAUAAAUGGUUAACAAUUCGCGGCAAGUGUGCGUUGUCUUUGACUGACCAAUCUUACAGUAGCCUACUGCUUAAUUUAACGAGGAUAAAUUCUUUAAGAAUAUAACCCCAGUUGUUGAAUACAACACAUUCGUAUAUGCUACAGGUGAACUUUCUAUGGUGCAAUUUGAUUGGUUCAAUAUCUCGGGAUCUCAAACUCGGGAUAUUGCGUGACGGUCGUCCAGUCACGCUAAUAAAAACAAAUAAACCGCUAAUAAAGCCAAAUAAAUUCCGGAAAAAACUGUUAUUUUGUUUAUUUUUGGAGUGUUCACGUGUAGUAUAUACUAAAACUAAUUAAGAAUGAACUAACUAUGAAUGGUUAAAUUACUGUGCUAUGUUUGUUGUAUUGUUUAUAACCACUUCUGUGGGUUAAUGAUGUGCGCUCCCAUCAUACUUUGCUUGAGGAAGUCAGUUAGUGAGGAGUGAGUGAAGACAGUUAGUCAAUGUUAAGUGCUCGGUUGAGUUAGGUCUUGGUGUACUCUUGAAUAUGAAGUGAAGACGGCCCAGCUGGGGAAGAUGGAUGCUGAAGUUCCGCAGAUGAUCCAGGAGAGAAAAGAAAAGAUUAAAGAGAUCAAAGACACAGUGGAACUGAGCAACAAAGACGCAGAAACAGAGA